AUGGGGCUGUACAAGCAAUAUUUCAGAUUGACGAGGUUCGCCAAAAAUCGCUUCAUCGGCGUCAAUCCCCAGAAAACCGGCCAAGAUGGCGUCCCAUUGCAAAUGCUCGUCUCGCAAAAUUUUAGUCACAGUCGACUCGCCGUCAUUUUAAUAGGAAUAUUUACGUUAGCUUUAGGAAUAAUCUUAUCUUCGAUACCAUGGUUAGACUAUAUUAUUUUAAAGAAUUUACGGUUAAGAGAUGGCUCGUUGAGCUUCCAUUAUUGGCAAAAGCCGGGCGUGAUACGACUGACCAAAGUGUACAUAUUUAACGUUACCAAUCCCGAGAGGUUCCUCCAAUUGGGCGAGAAGCCCAAAUUACAAGAAAUCGGACCGUUCGUCUACAGGGAAGAAAUGGAGAAAGUCAACGUCCAAUUCCAUGACAACGGUACCGUCUCCUUUCAACACAAGAAAAUCCUCCAAUUCGUUCCCGAACUCUCCGUCAACAAGCAUCAGAAAAUCGUCGUACCCAACAUACCUCUACUGACGCUAUCGACGCAAUCGAACAAUCUCGGUUUCUUCGUACAAAAAGCGAUAUCGGUGAUGUUGAGCAUGAGCACUUUCCAGCCCUUCAUCAGCCUCACAGCGGACGAAUUGGUCUUCGGAUACGACGACAAACUGGUCAAUUUGGCCCAUCAAUUCUACCCGAAAUACAAACGACCCGGCGAAAAAAUGGGCCUACUCAUCAACCGGAACGGUACGCUACCGGAGGUGCACAACAUCUUCACCGGCGAAACGGGCAUGCACGAAUUCGGCUAUUUGAAUCACCUGAACGGCGCCGAUACGUUGCCCUAUUGGAGCGAACCGCCCUGUAACAAUUUGCGCUCCAGCGAGGGUUCAUUCUUUCCUCCUCGUUUCUACACCGGCUCCGAUAUCGUCUAUUUGUACGACAAGGACAUCUGCAGGAUCUUUCCCAUGAAGUAUCGCCGAGGAGUGUCCAAACACGGCAUCUCGGCGGAUUUGUACACCCCCACCGAGGAUAUCUUCGAAACCGUGGACAAGAAUCCCGACAACAAAUGCUAUUGCCCCGGUAACGAGUACUGCACGCCCAAAGGGUUGCAGAACAUCAGCCCCUGUCAGUUCGACGCGCCCGUUUAUUUGUCGUUUCCGCACUUCCUGGACGCCGAUCCGGCCCUGUCGGAGCCGUUCGAAGGGCUGAAAGCCGAUCGGGAGAAGCACGAGUCCUAUUUUAAAAUUCAAUCGAAAUUAGGCGUACCGCUCGAAGGUCAAAUUCGUGUCCAACUCAACCUCAAAGUGGACCAAGCGCCCUACGUCACAGUCGUCAAGAACUUCCCCAGCAUCAUAUUCCCCAUUAUGUGGAUAGAAGAGGGAAUCGACGAUCUAUCGCCGGCCAUUAGACGUUGGGUCUAUUUAGCAACGACCUUCGCCGACGUCGCCUCCCCCCUCAUGACCUACGGGUUCAUAUUCCUCGGCACCUGCAUCAUAUUGGGCGUCUUCGUCAACGCCUACAAGUCUUUGGUCUUCACCAAAGAAACCAUCGAAAUCGGUAUGAAAAAGUUGCACAGGCGCAGCAGCGCCUACUUGUACAAUUCGUCUAGUCGCUUCCUGAAUCGGAGGGAUACUUAUACGUUGUUGAAAUUGAACGACGAUCCAGACGGCGACGGAGACGGCGACGGCGACGUCUGA